AUGGUUGACUCGUCAAGUCAGCACCACACUAGGAGCACCCAUGGUCCAGAGGACCCUGUUUAUAGCUUCACUUUUUCGCAGAGACAAGCACUUGUUCAAGAGAUAGGCGAAUAUGUUGUUAGUCAAUUGAUGACUACUGAUUUUGUUCAUCGGAUUGGUGAGUAUGCUGCCGAUCGAGUUAUGAGUCGGAUUGGUGACAUGCUAUCACGAUAUACAGAGCCUAUGUCAGAGGAAAGAUGUACAUCGGAUGUUCUGGGUGGACAUGAUAUAAAUGAUGACAAACAUGUGGCCAGUGAUCCUGGUUCCGUGGAGCCACUACAGAACAUCAUAGAAAAAGGUGAUGCUAUAAAUAAUGAGAGACAAAUGGAGGAUGAUCAUUUGGAGCGCGGUCCUACUUCCGUGGAGCCACUAGAGAACAUUAUAGGAAAGAGUGAUGAUGCAAAUGAUAGGAGACAUAUCUCGGAUGAUCAUUUGGAGCAUGGACCUACUUCCAUGGAUGAAUUUGGUGGAUUUCAUUUGGUAUCUCAAUGGACACAACCAACCGAGACUUCCCAGUUAGAUGAUACUCCGGUUGAUGCAGAUGUUGUCAAACAGGAUGGAAAUCACACAAUUCCUCCGAAACUUGAUUUCACCAAAGUUAGGAGAAGGGUUCCAUCUGCAGCAUUACGCAGUCCAUUUCGCCAAAUGGAUAAAAGAGGAGAAAAUUAUGAUAGAUUUAUGCGAUUGAAGAAGCCCUCCAAAAGGAACAUAGGGAUAGGAUAUGGUGUCACUAAAGAGUGGUUUAGGGAUACAAAUGAACGUGUGCAGUUGGAUAUUUCCAUGAUUGAUGCAUAUCAUUCCAUUUUGUAUUGCAAACCCGAACAAGUAGGUCUUCGUAAAGUUGAUCCAAAGACAACUAUCACAUCGACCACUUUCAUGUCGGUUGUUAGUCAAACUUGGAAGAAGUAUCAUCCAUCUGAGAAAACAACUGAAAAUGAUCCGAAAGUGGAAGGAGAAAUAGAAAGUGAGGACCUAUUUGAGCUUGCCAAGUUUGUCAAUGGAGAACUUCCAAAUUGGGGAGUAAGUAGACCUUGGUUUGAAUGUGAUAAGGUUCUCAUGGUUGCAAAUAUAUCUUCUCAUUGGGUUACUUGCACUAUCAACUUCCUGGAACGUUAUAUCCUCAUUUAUGAUUCACUGCAACAUACAUUUGAGGAUGAUGAUCUUGAGCAAAGGCGGGUGUUUUUUACACCAUUGUGUGUACUGUUGCCGCUUGUGUUGCAUUAUAGUGAUUUCUACAGUGCUAGGACUGAUAUGGUGGCUGACAUGAGUCCAUGGAGUAUCAAAUUUCCAGAAGAGGGCAAUUUAUACAUGCAGAAUGACAACAACAAUUGUGGUGUAUAUGCUCUAAAGUAUGCCGAAGCCAUUCUUACCGGUAAGUUUGAAGACUCUUUUGAAAAGAAAGAAUUGAAGGCUUUCAGGAAAACUAUGGCAAGAAACUUAUUCGAGUUUAGCACUGAUGAGUCCACCAUUGACACUAUCACUACUUGUUUAUGAUUAUUUUUUCUUUUGUUGGAACUAUUAGUCUCGUUUUUUGCAUUGUUCAUCGACACUGUGUAUGGGUAUUUUGAAAAUAUUUUUAAAUUUAUGUGAAUG